CUCACGGAGACACGGAGUGACAGACAGCCUCACGGAGACACGGAGACACGAGGUGAUAGACAGCCUCACGGAGACACGAGGUGAUAGACAGCCUCACAGAGACACUAGGUGACAGACAGCCUCACGGAGACACGGAGUGACAGACAGCCUCACGGAGACACGAGGUGACAGACAGCCUCACGGAGACACUAGGUGACAGACAGCCUCACAGAGACACGGAGUGACAGACAGCCUCACGGAGACACGGAGUGACAGACAGCCUCACGGAGACACGAGGUGACAGACAGCCUCACAGAGACACGGAGACACGAGGUGAUAGACAGCCUCACGGAGACACGGAGUGACAGACAGCCUCACAGAGACACGGAGUGACAGACAGCCUCACAGAGACACUAGGUGACAGACAGCCUCACGGAGACACGGAGACACGAGGUGACAGACAGCCUCACGGAAACACGGAGACACGGAGUGACCGACAGCCUCACGGAGUGACAGACAGCCUCACGGAGACACGAGGCCACACCCAGAGGAGCGUCACCCAGAUUCUCAGGGGACAUGGCCCGGCUCUCCCUGCUGCUGCUCCCCCUGCUGCUGCUACCCCUGGCCGCCUGCGCCACCCCCGAGCCGGGGUCGAGGCUGGGACCCGGAGUGAAUGGUGGUUUCGGGUGCCUGGGCUGCGUGAUCGCGGUGAGCAUGGUGCAGCAGUUGUCAGAGAUUCACAACGACUCCAUCUCGAGCGCCGUGGCGAGGCUGUGUGGGGUGCUACCUGAGACCCACAACCUGCGAGCCUCGUGUCAGAUCCUGCUCCAGGUGUUCGGGCCAAGCAUCAUAUGGAUGUUGAACACGGAGGUCACGCCGGACGUGGUGUGCCACGCCCUCGCGUUGUGCCGGCGGGACCCUGGAGAGGCGUUCUGCCACACGUUCCCUCUGCCCAGGGGGGGCCUGCACAAGGCCGUGGAGGCGGCGAGACGUCUGGCGCUCAGCUCCUCCGUGCCGGAUAAAUUCCUGGAGCUGUCGGGAAUCUGCGCCCUCCCCAAGAUCCGAGAUCUCUGCGAGCUCAUUCAGAGGUCUUGGUCUCAUCACAUCCCAGCUCAAGAUGGUGAUGGGGACCUCUUCAGCACCGUCCCUGUGUUCCGCGGCUCGCACUGGCGCGGAAGGGACUGUGCGGACCGCAGCGCAGACGUGCACCCCGGCCGCAGGCCAAAAAACCAGGAUGCGUUCGAGGACUCGAACUGCAACGGCAUCUGGGGAGUGGACCCGGCAGACGGCGUCGCUUACGAGAAGAAGUUCUGCGAAAAUUCUCGCCCGCGUGGCCUCGUGCUCCUGGGGGACUCGGCCGGAGCCCAUUUCCACAUCCCUGCCGCGUGGAUGACCGGGGAACUCCUCUCUCCCGAGGCGUUCUCAAACCUCCCCGUUGCCCUCGCUAACGAGCUGGACUGGCCACAGCUCUCGGCCUUCACAGGCUUCAUGAACUCCAGCUGGGCCUCCAUCACGUCCCACACGGACUCGUUGUACCUGCGGCUGAGGGAGAGGAACCGGUGCAACCACAGAGACCUCCAGAACCUUGCGGUGAACGGAGCCGCGUCCUCCACCGUCAAGGACUCCCUGACGAGCUUCUCCCGGAACGAGAGCGACCACCCGGCCCUCCUCGUCUACUCGUUCAUCGGCAAUGACGUCUGCAACAACGCCCGGGACACGGUGGCCGAGAUGACGACGCCGGAGAAGAUGCGAGAGAACGCCCUGGCUGCCCUCGCGGCCCUCAACAAGGCCCUGCCGCCCGGCAGCCACGUCCUCCUCACCGGCCUGGCCGACGGCCGCUUCCUGUGGGACCACCUGCACGGCCGCCUGCACCCCGUCGGGCUGUGGAACGGCGACGUCACCUACGCCGAUGUCUUCGCCUUCCUCGACUGCCUGCAGCUCAGCCCCUGUGCCGGGUGGAUGAGCGCCAACGCGUCCCUGCGUGACGCCACAUCCGAGAGAGCGCAGCAGCUGUCGUCGGUGUUGGAGAAGAUUGCCGCAACUCACAACUUCAGCAACUUCGACACUCACUACGUGGAGUACCCACUAUCCAAGAUGGCCGAGGAAUGGGCGCGGAGGGGCGGGGAGGCCUGGCAGCUCAUCGAGCCCGUCGACGGAUUCCACCCCGACCAGACGGCCCUGGCGCUGAUGGCCGGCAUCCUGUGGGACGAGGUCAUGCAGCGCUGGCCCGACGUCCUGGGCCCCGAGAAUCCUCACAACGCCGACAUCACCCGCGUGUUUGGCGACCAGGGUGGCCACUGAGCCCGCAUGAGCCAACGCGGUUGCUCCAGGAGGCCGGGGCGCGGCGGAGCUGCACGCGAUUCACGAUCUCUGAAUUCCACGAUCAGUGACCUCACGUGGAGCCACCCUGGAACCCCAAGCAAUCGGGGUUUACUCCCACGCGGCCUCACAAAAGGAGGGCGGCUAUCCUUGGCUGAGAUUGAUUUAUACAUUUUAAUAACUAUCAGUAAGCCUUACAUUUCAAAUAGGAUCAGGAAGUGGCCCACAUGAUGACAGCAUGCCUCCUGUUCUGAGCUUAGUGUCAUUGGUAUAACUGAUCACUGAUAAUUAUUUCAUUGGUUUAACCUCUCGUGUGAUUCUCUUAGUUCACCAUGAUUGGCCAAGAAAGCCUAUACAUCAGCCGGUGCAAGUUAAGUUAAUUUGUGUGACCAGGUGAUAACUCAAGAGACUGGGAUGAGUCUCAUUUACAAGGAUGACCUGGUGGAACAGAAAAGGGCAUUUACUCAACCCCACGAGGAAGGCAGCGAGGUAUUGCAGCCUACGGCCAUCAUCGGGAUGCGCCAGUAUGAGGCCGUCAGCAUUUUCUGCUUUUGCACCGCCCGGAAGCUGGCAUCAUCGGAACGAUUACCGAGAACGACGCCGGAAGAAGUACGGUCGUUUUCAGCUCUCUUCGCGGCCCCCGUCCCCCCUGCCGACUGCCGUCUCCGUUCACGGUCAAAGAUUUCAGGUUUCACCGCUACCCAUGACCGUUUCCAGAGAGCGCCUUCGCUCGCUGUUCAGCAUCUCGGCAUCUCCCUUCUCUGCCACCCUGGACAUGCACGGCCCGUGUGUACGACGCCUUGAGGGACGCUUACAAGUGAGACGCUGGUACUCCUCGAGCAUCACUGUCAUGGCUGCCGUGUGUCCAUCCUCCCAGCUGGGCUGCUGUCAACUUUGUGCAAACCGGUCAACGGGUCGUGUAACCUUGUGGCCGGAGAGAUCACGGAUAAUUGAAAUGCGUGUUUUUACGCCGUCAAACAUGCUCGGCAACAUUUUAGCCAAAUUUGAAAAUUGCCGGCAGGAGAAAAUCCCGAUACCCCGGGGGAGCCACGGGUCCCCUGCCCCGGCAGCAGCGGCAGCGGCAGAGAUGCGACUGCGCUGAAGAACAGCGCUGCAAGGCAAUCGCUGAAUGUAGGGCGACCCCAAACAGCACCCAAGUGGUCCCCUCGUCCGCAGGCGUGAUUGUGGAUGCGGCCAACAGAGCGCCAUCGCCGUGCCCGUGGGUGCCACACCAACGCCGAUUAGCAGCGACCGUGUUCUUUGGAUUAAAAGUAUUUCUCCUGACACCCAAGGGGGCCUGGGCCCCCCAACCCUUUCUAGAUUGCCGAACGCAGCCCCAAAACGUCAAGCGGCCAACAUCAAACAGCAUUGUCUUUUUAUGACAGCUUAAGAGUCGGAGCAUUUCUUGAAUCUGAGCACGGGUCCGACAAAAGAAGCAGGCCUCUUGCGAACAAGAUGUUCCAUCUCGAGGGAUCGUCUGGGUAAAUUAGUUUAUCAAAUAAUUAAAUUCGUGUCCGUUGGAGCCGGCGGUGACACAGUGUCCCACCGCCGUGUUGCGGCCACUUCCAUGCGUUGGCCUCGCCGCCCAACGCCGGCACGCUCGGCACCGCCACUGCAAAACACAGACGUGAAAACGACUGCCCGGCAGAUGUGUCCUCAAACGCAGGGUGAGGCCUCUCCGGGCAAAUGCGAACUAUGCGAGGAAUGCCGUGCGGUUCACGACGGGCAGAGGUCGCGGGCCAUUAACAGCAGCACUUUGAACCCAGCCCCCAGCACCGCCCCCGUUCCACGCGGCCGUUAACGCAGAAACCGUAAAUGCAGAACCGCUAACGACCACUUCCAAGAAAGAGGGGGGCCGUUUCCUCCUGGUGUGAUUAGAUGGGGUGGGAGGCUGUAAAGGGAGCGUCUAACUUCUGCUAAAUUGGAUGUGUACGGAAUAGAGAGGGGGAAGGUAGAGAAGGUGGAGGGAGGUUGAGCAGGGAUGGAUGGAGGUCAGGGUGGCCAUUGUGUCCGUGUCACGUCGCGCCUCACCGGCUUGCGCUGGGCUGUCCCUCGCGCACAUCCUGGCUCCCAACCCAUCACAGGUGUAUAUUUCAAAUGUAUGUAGAGGUGCACGAUAAGUACAAUACAACACACCGUUGGUUAUGAUUACAGCAGCAAUUUAUUAUAAAAGGAUUAUUUGUACAGGACUAAAUUGCACCAAAUGUGUACAGAAAACCAUGGAGAGAAUAUACUUCAUGCUGCGCAAAGUGGCUUCAGAGAGAACUCCUUGCUAUGAUACUGCCACACGUGGGUAACGCACAGACACAGCCCCACACACACGCGCUGACCCACAGGGUGAGGUCAGGGGUGGGGACUGUGAGGUGCAGGGCUUGGAGUUCAGCAUUUGGGGGUUCAUUGAUUCUCGGUUACAGUUGGCAGGGUUCUUGAUUGGAGAUUCAGGGUUCAACAUUGAGGGGGUGUCAAGAACGAAGGGGUGUCAAGAACGGGUGGGGUUGGGAGAGUUCAGGUAUUAGGGUUCAGGUUGGGGAAGUCAUUUAUUGGGGGUUCAGGGUUGGGGUUUAGUGGGAGCUGUGCCAGGGGACGCUGCUUGCGCAGUGUGGAGGAGCUGGCUCUCGGCUUGUCACGAGGCUCACCGACCCUGUGGUUCCACGUGGACCUCCCCAUGGCCACUGCUCCCCCUGUACUGCGUUAUAGUUGUAAGGCUGCUCAUAUGUUUACCGUGGAUUCACGUUACGUACGUACCCUUUUUAUUUAAAAGUUUAGAGCUAAAUUUUUCAGACACUGUCGCAUUUUAAAGCCAUAUUUUAUGAUUAGUUUCAUUGUAAAUCUCAUCGCUUUAGUUCUUUGUUAUUUCUAUUCCAAAACACGCGUUACCAGUCUUACGAGUGAAAUAACCGAGUUCCCAGCCCCCCGGGUCACUGCGGUCGCUACAAUCACAGGGUUCCGCUCCACCAAGCCGCGCUGGCGAUCACGCCGCAAGCACCGGUGCCGCGGCGAACUCCACGGCGCCGGCUCCGCUGCCGUCAACGCGAACCGCCGGGCACCGCGUAACGAUCUGGCAGCGCGGGAGACUCGCACGUGGGCACGGGCGCGAGACUCGGAGCCGCGAGUUUACCGACCGCAAACGAUCAUGACAGCAUUUACAAUGCUUGUGAGGUUAGUCUCGAAGGGCCUGCGUCACGGCCCGUCUCUCGCGGGGAGCUACGCGUCUCGCAAGAGGACACCACGUAUGAAGACAUGCGCUGGACACGAAGGAGACCACGGACUCGUGUAAUACGGACGGAUUAUUCCCAUUAAAUAAACGCCUACCUGCUACACGUCUA